UCAAUACCUGGAUGUUUUCUUCGAAGCCUCCCCACUCCGGGCCAGCUCCAUUUCGGACGCCGCUGGCCGGCGCCGCCGUAGCCGCCAUGUCCCUCGAGGCUUUCCGUCGCUGAAACUCGCGCGCGUGGGAAUAGUGUGAGAUCUGAGCCUGAGUGAAGAAGAAAGACGUCCAGAGAAGAGAGAGGGCGAGGUAGUAUCAGCCGGAAUGCAAAAGGGAGAAACCCGGAUGUUUGGCCCCAAUUGACGUCCGGAAGUGAAGGACGUGGACGGAGGCGGGGCAGGAUAUCGCGACAUUUAAGAGUUCAGGAGGCGGAGCGUUGCCUCGGAGACGGCGACGGGCCUCUUGUACGCAUGCGCGGAUUUGGUGGCUUCCCUUGCGGCGAAUAGUGGAAAAUGGCGGCGGCUCAGGCAGUGGAGGAAAUGCGGACUCGCGUGGUUCUAGGAGAGUUCGGGGUUCGCAAUGUCCAUACCACUGACUUCCCCGGUAACUAUUCGGGUUAUGAUGAUGCUUGGGACCAGGACCGCUUCGAGAAGAAUUUCCGUGUGGACAUAGUACAUAUGGAUGAAAAUACAUUGGAGUUCGACAUGGUGGGGAUUGAUGCUGCCAUUGCUAAUGCUUUCCGGAGAAUUCUGUUAGCUGAGGUGCCAACAAUGGCUGUGGAAAAGGUUCUGGUGUACAAUAACACAUCCAUAGUCCAGGAUGAGAUCCUCGCUCACCGCCUGGGACUCAUCCCCAUUCUUGCUGAUCCUCGUCUUUUUGAAUAUCGGAACCAAGGGGAGGAGGAAGGAACCGAGAUAGACACUUUGCAGUUUCGGCUGCAGGUCAGGUGUACCAGGAACCCCAGUGCUGCUAAGGAUUCCUCUGACCCCAAUGAACUCUAUGUGAACCACAAAGUAUAUACCAGGCAUAUGACAUGGGUCCCCUUGGGAAACCAGGCUGAUGUCUUCCCGGAGGGCACAAUUCGCCCAGUGCACGAUGACAUCCUCAUUGCUCAGCUUCGGCCUGGCCAGGAGAUUGACUUGAUGAUGCACUGCGUCAAGGGCAUUGGCAAAGAUCAUGCCAAGUUCUCACCGGUGGCAACAGCCAGCUACAGGCUCCUGCCAGACAUCACUCUGCUUGAACCUGUGGAAGGGGAGGCGGCUGAGGAGCUGAGCCGCUGCUUCUCCCCGGGUGUGAUUGAGGUUCAGGAAGUACAAGGUAAAAGGUUGGCCAGGGUUGCCAAUGCUCGGCUGGAUACCUUUAGCAGAGAAAUCUUCCGGAAUGAGAAGCUGAAGAAGGCUGUACGGCUUGCCCGUGUUCGGGACCAUUAUAUCUUUUCUGUUGAGUCCACUGGAGUGUUGCCGCCAGAUGUGUUGGUGAGUGAAGCUAUCAAGAUACUGAUGGGGAAGUGCCGGCGGUUCCUGGAUGAACUAGACGCGGGCCAGAUGGACUGAGGCUUCCACAGCACUUCUGGGAUGGUCUAAUUUUCAGUGAAUACAUUUUAUUAAAUGUGCCACAGACUAAGACUUCUGCCUUUGUAAGGCCUUUGAUGUAAAUAAAUUGAUAUACUAGCAAAAA